AUGAAUUGGUACACGAUCGAGAUACGUAAGUCCGAGAAACUGCUGACGCGAUGGUUCGUUGACCAGCGAUUUAUUCCAGUGCCUACCGGUAACGUCGUAAUCUGCGAUCGACGGCCGAGAGCACGCCCAGACCGCUCGCUGCACGGCUGGAGGGCUUUAUGCGAAAGGAACCCAGACUGCAUACCGCCGUCCGAACGCGCCCCACCCGUUACGUACGUGCGAAGUGCCCCCGUGAAAUUGACCAGGCGCUUGUUUACUACUUACCGGGGCGAUAAAGUGUGCACUCAUUUCCCGUACCGACCCGGCACGACGCCAGGGGAAUGCCAAAUGCUCCGCGUGCCGAGACCGGGGGAAAAGGAUUACCAGGCAGCUUCGCUCCUAUUGACUGCUGCUAUGAGG